AUGGAUUCCUAUGACGAUCUCUUUGACGAUCAGAUGUUCCAAUUCAGUCCUUUGCGCCUUUCCCCUCCACCACAACCAUUUACUGCGACAAUGGAAUCUUUGGAAGGCCUAGUAGUGGAAGAAACUGAGAGAGUGGACGAAGAUAUUGUUGCAUUAGUCUCUAAUCCUACAAUAGACGAGGUUAUCCCCUCGACGAGUACACGAUCCCCAGAUCUAUUCCCAUUUCCAGAGAUGUUAACACUACUGCAAGAUCCACCUGAAAUGGAGCAACAACAACUCUUAUGCAAUUCCCACGAGCAUUUACAAGGAAACUUGCCAAACGAACCAUUGGACCAGCAAUCUUUAUCAAAUCAAAAUGCCCUUAAUGCUUUUCAAGGACUAGAUGAUUUUACAAUGAUAGAUUUUGAUCAACUAAUGGAGGAAGAAAACAUUGGAUAUGCAAAUCCAACAGUGACUCAAUCUUUUGAGUUACCAAAUAAUCUUCAAGAGCAAUUUCCAUCAGUACCUUUAUCACAAAGUUUCCCGUCAUAUCCGACAUACCAACAUGCUCCAGUUGCUUCACAUUCCAACAUGUAUAAUCAGCAACCGCCUCCAUUAGGUUUAGCUGACAGAGAAAACGAACCUAUCGCCCCAAGGAUGGUUACAGAUUUGGCUAGAUCACAAAAUUAUUCGUCAUAUCCGACAUAUCCACAUGGUCAACUUCCUUCACAAUUCAACAUGUACGACGUCCUGGACCAUCAAGCGCCUCCUUUAACAAACAAGGAAGACGCACCACCUCUCAUCCCAAGGGUAGUUACAGACUUGCCUAGGUAA